UGUCACAGAAAUAUUCAGCAUCCCCACUGACUCCAUGAAGCUCUAGGUCCAUUUUCUGAGAUUUCUGUAUAGACCGUGGAAAAGAGAAAAUGAAUAGUGAACACAGCUUGAUGCCUUCGGACCAGGAGAUGGAAGAAAACUGGGUUAAUAUUCGAGACGCUGCAUUACGCAAAAGGAUCCAAAAUCGCCUUGCCCAACGGAAACAUCGCCAGAGAGUUCAGGAACUGAGUGCCUGCCAAGGUAACGUGGCGCAGAACAGCAUGGGCCUAACGGCCACUAGUUCCUGGAACUCGGCAGACCUUCAAGGCGACCAAGCCGCAAUGGCGGGAAACCCCGGCCGAUUUGAGUGGGUUCCGGGAUCACGUACCGACGGUACGUCUGAGGCUGUCGGCGGUGAUAAUACUUCAGGCAUGGCACCCGAUGCGGGAAGCUCUGCCAUGAGGAUGGAUUUUCAGCAGGAUAGGGGCGGUACAAGAGCCUUUAAUUUCGCACAAUAUUCUAAUGGUGGUACGUCUUCACCAGUAGUCCGAUCUGACCAGCCUCCGCCAUGGGACAUGAUGCCGCAAUCAGAGAACAACCAACAGCAACAAGGUAUGGUGAGACUUCCAGAAGGUACAAACCCUCCGGCGAACUUGGCAGUGCGGAGUACACCCGAGCACCGAAGAAGGCGCUCGAGCCCGUCUAUCAUGAGGGUGGCCUUCGAUGCUGCCGAAAAUGGCGCUUUCGAGAGUGGGAGUUCGAGCCGACAGUGUCUCCCGUGCACCACUAGAUUGACCGAGCCCUCGCGGAUAGAACCUCAAGCUAGUUAUGAGCUGCGAUCAGCCCCUUCGUCUAGCUCCGGCCGUGGCCAUACGCCCCAUUACUCGGGCUCGUCCCGCUCUUCGAGAUCUUCAGGGAUACUCCGAGAACACGGCAUAGAUCUAGGUGAAAUUUUGUCACAUACGGAACCUAAGAGGAGGCCCUCGGUCUCGGCGCCCUCGAGGCCGAGAACAAACCCACAGCUAUCCGAUCGAUGUCCGGAACACUCAUUGGUAGAGACCAGCCCUUCUAGUCUCGAUAUCAACAGCGACGAUGACUGGAAUCACCCCAUGGGUCUUGGCACGGCCCAGGACAGCCACAACCACGAGUACAUAGAAGGGUUACGUCCUCGAGUAUCAAAAGUCGUAGUUGUAUAUUUCGAUGAAACCCCGCGCUGAUCAACGGCCAAGUGGGUCCCACUGUAUACUAGAUGAUUUGGCUCUUUGGAAGGGUUUUAUUUCGAGACAUGUUAUGCUUUGGGUUUACCCGUACAAGAAGUGAGUGGGGCCGCGAUCGACGACCAGACGGCGGCCGAACGCUCACUGCAAUAGAUUUAUAUUUGUGGAGCAACGCAGAACCUGCCUCGUGAUUAAAAAUAUGCCCAUGUCUGAAUUGCUCAUGGGGUUGCCAUUCCCCGGUUGGUGAACGAAUUUUGCGCCGCUACACACACGCCCCGCUUCAG